AUGGCUUAUCUAUCAAGUGAUGAUAACGUAGAUGAUAUCCGCACAUGGCCACAGUAUAUUGUGGAUUACUUUGUUCAAUUGGUUCAUGAUGAAGCCAAAAAUGGGUUACAAACCACUACAUUGGAGAAGAAGAAAUGGGGAGAAAUAGAUAAUGCUCUCUUUGCUAAGUUUGGUAAGAGAUACAACAUUCCUAAGUUGAAAGCUAAAUUCAAUCGACUGCGUAUAAAGCAUAGGGAAUUUGCAAGGUUAGUGAGUGAUACCGGUAUGGGUUGGGAUCCAGUUGCAAACAUGGCCACUGCAAGUGAUGAUGCUUGGAAGCGUUACCUGAAGAAAUAUCCUGGUGCAAAAUCCUUCCGUAAAAAGGGGUUAGACAAUUAUUAUAUGCUUGGGGAGAUAUUUAAUAGCACAACAACAUCUGGAAGCAUGUCUAAUGCACCAACACGGUCUCCUCCUGACUCAGACACCGAAAGAAACUUGGAAACAGAGUUCAUUGGCAAAGGGGUACAUGUAGAACCUGCUAGCUCUGGAGACACGAGUCACCCUUCAUCACACACAAAGUCAAACAUACAGCGACGUGCUUUAAAACUUCCUAUUGAUCUCCCUCAGCGAAAGGCGACUAAAUCAUCAAGGUUUGAUGAUGCACUUGUAGCAUGGACUGAAAAUCUUAAAGCUAAAGCUGAAGUAACAAAAGCGAAGGCUGAACGUAAAAAAGAUAAGGAAGUAACAUCUCCUCUUUGUACCAGCACCGAGAUAUCAUCUAUUGAAGAUUGUAUGGAUAUAUUGGACAACAUGGAAGGAGUGGAAGAUGAUGUAUAUCUCAAAGCCAUUGACAAGUUCAGAAACCCUGACUAUAGGAGAAUUUUUAAGAAAAUGAAAGAAUCAAGGAGAAUUAUGUGGCUUAAGAGUUUGUAA